UCACUUGCUUGUCCGCUUCUCUGUAUAAAAAACCGACUUGGCGGGUGCGCCGCUUCGACCACCCCACUCCUCCCGCCAUAAAUGGCCACUCCCUCACGGCCGCAAGAGCUCGCCGGCGGCGACCGUCGGCCCCACCACCCGCUCCUCGCCGCGGCGGCUGCCGCCUCCCUCCUCGCCGUCCUCUACCUCCCCCGGCCGCUACUCCUGUUCGUCUUCUCCCCGGCCUCGCUCUCGUCCCUCCUCCUCCUCCUCUCCCUCCUCCGCCUCGGCUCCGCGCCGCCCUCUCCCACUCCCACUACCUUUCCUCCGCCGCCGCUGCCGGAGAAGCAGCUGUCUCCGGAGGUUGCCCGUCCGCCGCCGCCUCCGCCGUCGCCAGAGGAGGGCGAGAUCGUGUUCCCGGAGUUCGCGUCCUGGGCGGUCAAAGGGCGCACCCUGGAGGUGAUCCACGAGGAGUUCGAGGCGGAGUGGGGGCGGCCGGAGGAGAUAGGCCUAGCGUGGGCCUCCGACUCCGACUGCGACUCCGACUCCGACUCCGACUCCGACUCAGACUCAGACAGCGGCGGCGGCGGCGAUGGGGAGGACGGGAUGAUCGAGAUCGAGCUGGAGGCAGAGGACAGCCUCAUCGAGAUCGACAUCUCGAGGUGCCAGUGACGGAUCGGCUGCAUGCCCGGACAAGCGUACCGCCUUCUUCUUUUCUCAGUAUGGAUUAAUCUAGGUUCUCGGGUUGGCCGGUUCUUGACAAAACUUCUGCUGAUUAGGCGUGUGGAUUGGAGUUCUUGAGUUCGUUUAUCAUCUAGGUGGCUUGGUGCAAUGUACAUAUAGGAUGAUGACUUACUAGGUGAGAAGCUUUGCUUGCUUGUUAUUUUU